UAGGUUGAGUCAAUUUUCGUUAAACAAUAUACUUUUUAGUAAAUCAAACGACGCUUCGAUUAUUAUGUUAAUUUAUUUUCUAUUUGUUGCUUUAUAUUUUGCAUAAAAAAACAAUAAAACGAAGCCAUUGCUGGUGAUAUAAAAAAUAUCUAUGCGUCAAUGGGCUGCCGACCGCUGUGUCCUAUCAGUGAAGUCUACGAAAAUGAGCGACACCAAAACUCUGUUGAGUGCAUUGCUAUGCGACAUUUAUGGCAAGCAGGAGCAGCAGGCACGACGUCUGCGUCGCUAUCGUCGCUACCACAAGAGUCAGGAGAGGCACAGCCCGAAGGAGCCACGCUUUAGUCGACGAUCAAUCAAGAGGGAGCCUGCAGCCAAAAUGGCUAGCAGCUUGGCGGGCAACCAAAGGGUUCUGGAGACACUGAACGUGCGCCAGCUGAUCGACGUCUGCGCCAUGCUGAAAGUGGAAUUACUGAUGAUGAGCUACCUGCUGGAACGAGUGCUGGUUGCGCGCGAUCGUCUGCAGCGCCAUCAAGAGGUGCUGUGCGAAUUCGUUACCGCCAUACUGGUUGUGGAGACUCACGAUGCACAGCCUAAAAUGCGCUUUAGUCUCUCACCACCGCCACCAAAAGUCAGCCUAACCCCACCCACUAGCACCACAAGCGCCACUAGCACCGCCACUGGCAGCAGCAGCAGCAGCAACAACAACAAUAGCAGCGGUCAUCGCAAAGCUCUCAGCCGCAACCGCAACAACAACAUGCAAAGCACGGCGCCGACCAACGCCAGCACAGAUGCUGGCGCGGAUGAAGCUCUCUCGGACUACAAUCAAUGGCUGCAUGCUAUGAAGCUGGUGGCGCGCUUGCCAGGCGGUACGCCGCCAGAGUUCCGGCGCAAGCUGUGGUUAUCCUUGGCGGAUAAGUACCUGAAGUCGAAAAAUGUUGAUUGGACCCAGCAGCGCGAGAAGUGCUUUUGCGAGGAGUGGCGCGAGGAUGAUGAGGAGCUGGGCAUUCAGAUCGUUAAGGAUCUGCACCGCACGGGCUCCAAUUUAUGCACCGGCCCCGCAGGUUCCAUCAACCAGGCGAAGCUCAAACGCAUCCUGCUCGGGUAUGCGCGCUACAACCCUGAAGUAGGCUAUUGCCAGGGCUUUAACAUGCUGGGCGCGUUAAUACUGCAGGUGAUGGACAAGGAAGAGGAGGAAUCCAUGAAGGUCAUGAUAUAUUUGGUAGAGGGCGUACUGCCCACGGGCUACUUCUAUGGCUCAAUGGGCGGCCUACAAGCGGACAUGGGCGUCUUUCGAGAACUUAUGCAAACAAAGCUGCCGCGCUUGGCCAAGCAUCUACAGCGCCUGCAGGGACCCAUGGAGAAUGCCUAUGAACCACCACUCACCAACGUCUUUACCAUGCAGUGGUUCCUCACCAUGUUCUGCACCUGCCUGCCCAUGUCCUGUGUGCUGCGUGUCUGGGAUCUGGUGCUCAUCGAGGGAAGCGAUGUGCUGCUACGCACCGCCCUCGUCCUCUGGAGUCUGCUCGAAGAACGUGUCCUAAAUGCACGCACUGCUGAUGACUUCUAUGGCAAAAUGGGUUCCUUCUCCAAUGAGCUGCUGAAUGGACAUCUCAUUGAUUCGAAUGGCCUCAUAGAGAAAGUGGUGCAGCUUGGACCUAUAGCCGAUAUCAAGCAGCUGAGGGACAAACAUCUCUACAACAUUGCCCCGCUGGGCAGCAAGCAAGGAUUGCAACUUUACUACGACGAGGAAGACACGCAAUCCGACGACGAGUCGCGCCUGGCAGUGGCCACUGUGUGGGGCUUGAACUGGGGCAGACGCGGCUCGGUGGGCACCGGAGCUAGUGGAGCAGUCAAGCCGCAUGCAGAACAGAAAGAUCGCCUGGCACUAGACAUAUCGUUGCUCAAGAAGCAGUAUGAUCGUUUGCGCGAGCGCCAGAGGCAGGCCCAUGUCAUACUUACCUCCGCCUGCUCCACAGCAACUGCAACGCGUCAAACGCCUUCCAGUCAGUUUCCAGUUAAUCAAUUGCUCCUUGGCCGCUCAGCUAUAAUCACAAACAAGGGCAAGCGUGUGGGAGCCCCUUUGGGCGCCAUUCCGCCCGCACGCAAGCCCUCGCUUCCAGCAGUGCUGCAUAGCAAGCCCCCUGUGGCAGGAGAGAGACAACUGCGGCGUGGGGAGACGCUGCUCUGGCGUGACACGGAUGCCACACGGCAUCGACGUGAUAGCCUUACGUGGAAGGAGAUCAAAGCCGAUCGCGCUGCCUUGUUUCGGGAUGGAGGCGAAGCCAACGCGGUCAAGUCACAGAAGCUGCGUUCGCGCUUAGGCAAAAGUGACAGCUCCUCGUACAGUGAGGAGAGCGAUGGUGAACAGGAGGCUCAAGCCAAAGAUGGCUCCAGCACUGAUACCAGCCUGUGUGACGACGACGACCCCAAAUCUAUUGAGCAGAGCCCCAAGCGCAAGGCGAAGCUGGCGCGGAAACUUAAAGAGAAGCCCCAAUUAGCUGUGUCUCGAGAUCCCAGCCUCGAGCGCAGGAGACCCAAGUCAUGGGCGCCUAGUAGCCAUGAAAUACCCUUUAUGCUAAUGGGAACAGACAGCGGCGACGAAAAGGAGCCGGUGUCAAAAGAGGAGGAAGACAGCGCCACGGAAUGUGAUCGCUUUGACUAUUCGCGCAACUUGGAUUGGUCGAAGGCAGCAGGUGAUCUGGCAACUAGCAAAAUAGAGCCCCUAACAGGAGAAACCCUACCAAUUACCAGCAUUGCGCAACUGUCCCCACUACCUGAUGUCAGCUACCUAAGCACAGCCAGCAUUAGUGCACUGCCUACACCUAGGCCAGUGUAUGUAAUGUCUGACACCGAGUCAGUUAAUCCCGUGGAUAUUGCUGAUUCGGUACAGAGCGUAGAGGUGGAAAAAGAGAGUGCUCCAAAGAGUUACGAUGUGAGUGAUGAUGGCGUAACCAAUCAGUAUUUUGAGCGAGUCAAUAGUGUAGAGCGUCCGAAGCGACUGGAACUCUCAUUCUCCUUAAACGAUGAGGAUUCGGAAAUGUCCUCGCCCAAGGAAGAGCAGCGUGCGUUGGUCGAAGGCCACAGUGCUGAAUGUGUCACAAAGAGCAUGCCCUUCGAGCUUCAAUCUAAAGCUACGGUAGAACUAAAAACGGAUAACCCCCCAGUACGCGAUGACAACAUUCCAGGCGAAAACAAGGACGACUACAAAGAAGUGUUGAGCAUGACGAUAGAAACCAAGACGGACACGUUACCUAUGAGCAUCAGUAGUUCCAGCCGUAAACGUCGCGAUCCCAGACGCAAGACUCUGACUAGAUCCUCGACGAUUGAGAUCGAAGAACGAUUUCAGGCGCUGGAGCGACGGCUCAGUCAGGAGAAACCCAAUCGACAAUCGGCAAGCGAUAAAGCAGAGGGCGCCAAGUACAUACCGAGCACUGCGGCACUGGAGGAACGUUACAAUACACUGGAAAAGCAGCUCAGUGCUGAUAAACAAUGUGUACAAAAUGUAGAUCCUGAAGCCGAAUGCUUUGAGAAACCAGAACGCAUUCCUUCCACAGCUGACCUUGAAAUACGUUUUAAUGCCUUGACCAAACAAAUGAGUUCCGCUGAAUCAAAUUCAAAAGCUCCCGUGGAGCUCAGUAAUCAAGAGCAGCCCGCGAGCAGCAAUUCCAAGGAGGGAAAUGAUAGCGAGAAAACCAGCAAACUACAUAAAUUGGAUGACUCUCAGACAGAGACAACUAAACCUGCCAGCGACAGCGACACAACUGACACAAAGGGAACAGAAAGCAAACAGAAGUCGGAGACACCGCGUCUUAAAAAAUUGCCUUCAACAGCCGAAUUGGAAGAUCGUUUUAAUGCCCUAGAGCGAAGGAUAAGCGUACAGAAAAGCAGUCCUACCAAAGCAAAGAAAGAACCGCCUGAUGAAGGCAUGUCAAAUAAUAAAUCUUCACCUAAAAAAGUGGCAGAGACAACAGCAAAGGUAGUAAAUAAGCCCCAAAGCAAGGAGCCAGCUGAAGGAGCUAAGCAAACACAAAAAGAGACAUCCAAGGCAGAUGCUCCCAAACAGGCUGAACACAGAAAUCCAGAAGCCUCGGAUAAGAAAGUUGAGCAGUUGGACGGCAAAGCUGAAACUUCAAGUAACGAAAAAGUCCAAAGCGAAGAGAAAGAACUUGAGAAGAGUAAAGAAUCAUUGAAUACCGAGGACAUGAAAGUUGAGGUGAUUAAGCGGAAGUCUCCGCCAUCCACAGAAGAGUUGGAGAAACGUUUCAAUGCCUUGGAAAAGCAGCUCAGUACCUCCAAAGGAGAUUCAAAUGAAGAAGUUGAAAGCGACAGAGCUUCAAAUAUAAAUGAAGCAGCGCCACAAGAAGAAACACAGCUGAAGCAAGCAGAGAAUGUCAAAGAAACUAAAGAGAAUGAGACUCAAAAGUCGAUAAAGGCCUUUGAUGAGAAAGUUAAAGCAAUAAGUGCAUCGUUGACUAUGGAUGAGAAGCCAAACGAAGUAUCGGAAGCCACUCUGGAGAAACGGAAGGCUUUUGAGGCCACAUGCUCAGCAGCUAACAAGCUCUUGGAAACUGAACAACAGCGUUUAGCAAGUGAAACUAAUGCAGCUACUCAAAACACUGUCAAAUCAGAACUGAAGUCAGAUCCUAAAGCUAAGCAGACAGAGAAAGCACAGCCUACGGAGCAUAUUAAAAGACGAGCCUCCGAGCCUCCGUCUAUGGAAGAUCUGGAUAAGCGCUAUGAAAGGCUGAAGCGUCGCAUGAGCAGUAAGAAUCAUUUAACCACACAAAACGAAACAGUGAACGAGGCACUGGAGCGCAUUGAGCAGGAAGUAAUGGCCGAAUUAGGCGACUCAGACGAAGAUGCAAAACCAAUCAAAAAGCAACCACCCACAACCGAGGACUUGGAGAGUCGAUACGAGGCGUUACAUGCACAGGAUAAAAAGGAAACUGAAACUAAAUCGAAGCCUACGCUUAAGUCACCUCCUCGCCGUGUCGACGUAGCCAUCGAAGCGCACAUUCCUGAACCUCCACCGCCACCACCACCUGAGCACAGAAUCAUCAUCAAUCCUGGGCAGCAUCAGCAACGCGCUCUCAUUGAAGAACUGCAGAGCAAAAUAAAGGCGCAGUCACCCGGAGAGGAGAAUUUAAAGCCAAGCGAAAUAAAUCCUCAGCGAAGGCGUCAACAAGAACAACGACAGCUGCAACAGCGACCCACAACAAUGGGCGAUGAGACAUCGGAAGCACCUGCAAACACCGCUUACUACAGAUCGGGAAAUUACGAACCCUGGCAAUCGCAGCGAAUGGUUCGUCGUUUCUCCGAUUUGCCAUCACGAGCCGAUCUGGAAAAUCGUUUACAAUUCCUGGAAAAGAAAUUGUACAAGAAAUUCUACAAGCAGCGCUGUGCAAGUGAUUCCGAAGUUGCAUCGAGGAUGCUUAGCUAUGAUGACAAGCCGAGCACCUCGCACCAAGCGGAAGCUCAGCUAGAACAGCGUGUUCUUGCCCUAGAGAAGCAGCUGAGCGAAAACAGUCUCAAACUACUCGAAGCUAUCCGUGAAAAGGAAAAGCAGCAGGAAAAAGUGGUUCACAAUGCUGACGAUCUCUGCUCUCCACAGCGACUAAGCAGUGACAUGGAAUUCGGCAAGGAGCUGGUGCGAUAUACACAGAACAUCACUGACGUCGAGGAGUCGGAUAAGCCGAUUAACAUAAGCAUCAAUAUCAAAAUGCUGCUCAACAAAGAAAACGAACAGAAAAAGCCGCCAGCAGAGUCCAACACAGAUGAUUUGAGGCGACGAUUGGAACAACUGGAACAACAGCUAAGCGAAGCGCGUGCUAGAAAUGGAGCACUAAUCCCUGACUCCGAGGUAAACACCGAAGAUGUUCAGCUGCCGUCGACCGAACAAGCCGAGGAAAACGAGACAUGUAAAAAGCAGGAAAAAGAUAGCCACAACCGAAGCGUCAAGUGUGACGAGGCCGAAAAGUUGGAGGACGCUCCUGUGCCAUCGAUGGGUAGUACUGAGCCAGAGACGGUAAAGGAGACCAAAACCUUGCAAAACGAAGAAAAAGCUCAAAUUAGUAAUAAACAAUCAGAGUUGGCAGAUGCCACGAAUGAAGAACAAAAUGCUGAUGCCAAAGCUCCCAAGGAAGAAAAUGAAAACAAACUCGAAAAGGAAUCUUCUCCAUCGACCGAGCAGACGAAAAUUCCUGACACGCCUCCUAAAGCUGAACCUUUGAAACCAGAUGGUGAGAAACCAGAUGCCAUUGAGCAGAACUCAACUCCAGGAGAGGGAUCUACCAAAGAUACCGCAGCAAAUAUAGUUAUCAAUCCAAGUGAUAUUGGUCCCGUCGAUGCUAAUAACAAGACUGUGGUACUUCUAAUGGAUAACGAGCCAAAAGCAUUGAAGGUUCGUCGUCUGACCAGAGCCAAUACUGAAGAGCUUGAGGGUCUAUUCCAAGCACUUGAGAAACAACUGAACGAUCGCAAUCUCAUUAAGUCUAAAGAUGGAAAAUUGGUUCGAGCAGACAGCAAACCAUCUGCUGAACAAGUCGAGCAGGCACAAGCCAUAUCUGACCUGACCAAAGAAAUUGAAGACUUCACGAGUGGAAAGCCAGAACUGGAAGAGACAGAGCAGAAAGCAGAAAAAGAAAAACCUGUUGAAGAAGAUCCCAACUAUGAUUGGGGACCUAAUCCAGUUAAGCAUCACCUGAAACGCAAAACUGUCUAUCUGCCAUCCACCAAAGAGCUAGAGGCUCGUUUUCGCUCCCUGGAGCGUCAAAUUAAACUACUCGAAGAUGUUGAGAAAAUUGACGUAGAGCAGAGACUAUGUGAAAUCGAGCGCAAGAUCAAGCUGCAGUACUCGUUGUCCCACGAGAAAGACCUUAACAAGUACAUAGAACUGUGCGAAGGCAAAGGCUUAGAUGAUGAUGACGAUGUGCCUGUGGCAGAAGACACUUCUCCAGUCCGCGAUCGGUCCCGCAGUCCAUCACGCAAACAGACUUCGAGGUCACCAUAUACUUCACCGGUUUCCAAGCUAGGUAGCAAGUCGCCAUAUGUUUCGCCUUCACGUAAAGACAGGAGCACCACGAAGUCACCUUAUACGUCACCCACUCGCCAAUGCAAGAAGACGCAGCAAACAUCACCAGCGCGCGCUGGCAGCAAGAAAAGUCCCUACACUUCGCCGGCUCGCCGUCAGCCGCACAAAGACGAUUUGCCCAUCUCUGACGACUUAGAAUACAAAUAUCGCGUACUUGAUUUGGUGCGUUCCAAGUCCAAAGACAAUCUCUCUAAGCGUAAGAAUGACCCCAAUAAAAAGCCACCUAUCCAUCCGCUUGAAAUGCUGCUCGAUCCAAGUCCUGACGACAGUGAAAUACCGACUACGGGUGAGCUGGAGCAUCGCAUACGACUGCUGGAUGAAAAAUUGAAGUCCCCUGUGCGACACAAGUCACGUUCGCGUUCACCCACCAUCGAGGAUAUUAAACGAAAGAAAAUGUUAGAUGAUCAGCUGCCCAAGACCCCGGUACACAGCCUGGAACGCUUGGUCUACUCGCCCAGCAAGCCCGAGCCACCCACUGCCGAAGAGCUAGAUAAGCGUAUACUGGCGUUGGAAAAGGAGCAGCGCUUUGAUUUCAAGACCCAAAAAGACUACAAGGAAUUCAAUCAAAAACUCAAGGACGUAGUCUCUCCAUCGCUGUCCUAUGAGGAAUUCAAGCUGGCAAAGUCGCGCGAGCAAAGUCCCCGACGACAAGCCCCCACAACGCCGAAGUCAGCAAUGCGGCGUGAGGAGAUUAAUGAGGAGUAUCGCGACUAUCGCCGUGAGGAGACGACUCCAUAUCGCCCCACCAGCCCCAAGGUCAUACGAUUCCGCGAUGAGGACGAGGACUUUUACGAGGACUCGUGGCGACCCAAGUCACGGCAGAGCCACGGUCAGGGCCCAGCCAGCGAACGAAUGACUCUUGCAGAUCAGCCGUCAGCAUCAACUACAUCUAGUCGCAGCUAUAGCAACAGCGCAGCGGCCGCAGCAACAGCUUCUGAGGGUGUCGACGCUCUAGGCAGUCGCCUAAUGAGGGAAACAUCGCCCAUCACUCGCACGGGAACACACACUGGCGUGCCGCUGCGCACUGGAGACAACAUUAAUGAUCGCCUGAGCUCAAUUAAGAACAGCAUCAAGUCCAUCGACAGCUUGUGCGAGGAGAAGUCUUAUCAGAAGGAGAAAUGCCAGCGGUAUAUCGAUUCCCUGUUCUCAGACUCAAUGCACUUUGCCAGCAAGAAGAGCUCGGCCGAGGACUUGACGCACAGUCGAAGCGAAAGUCGAGGACGUGGCACGCAGCGCUGCAGCGACUCCACACCAACAAUACGAAUUAGCUCCGAACAUCGCUCGCUGGGCUCCGUGGAGUCGUUACGCACGGGCAGCCCGCUGCGUGCUGCCAGUCCGCCACAUCAUCGAUCGCACAGGGAUGUUAGCAGGGAGGUGUCGCCGCGCCGCCGUCGAGAGGCGGAAGAGCUAGAGGAGCGUGAGAAUAGUAGGGUAAGACGUGAUAAUAUGUUGCCAAAUUAUUUAGUUGAUAAUCGUAGCGAACUAAGUAGCUCCAGUAGUUUAACUAAGUUUCACAAAGUAGAUAGACAACUAGAAGAAACGUGCGCCAAGUACGCGGAUGACAGACGCUCAGCCUGCAAGUCCCCGUUGAGCUCGCCGUACGAGUCCCGAACCACAGGCACACGUUACAACACAACAACAGUGAAUCCAAGCGUCGACAACAGUUUCCCUAGGCCCAUAUCGCCCUAUCGACAGCCCUAUGACCCGAACAGGCCCACACGUUCCAACACGCCCGUCUAUCAGCCAGCCAAGCUGGAGAUCCGCCACACCACCGUCACCUCGACCUUCUACGAUCGCUUUCUCACCGAGAAGCAGAUUGAGAAGCAAACGCUGCCGCGUCCGCCCAGCCGUUCGCCCGUUCUCUCGCCAUCUGCAGCGACCAAAAGCUAUAGCGAUCUACCCAGCAGUCUGACUGCCCACAAAUACAGCCACGAGCCCAUGCUGGAUGUGGCCACCACAAGCUCGAGCAGCUAUUCACCCAUGUCCCGCAGCUACGCGGGCAGCAGCGGCAACUACUCAUAUCUCACCCCACACACAGCUUCGAGCGAUAAGCUUUCCAGCUCCACUCCAGUUGGCAGUGCAUCAGAUCUGCGAGUGCGUAACAGCUCUGAGAGCAUUCCCACUGCCACUACCACAACAAGCACUCAGGCUUCCACAGCAUCUGCAUUCGUGCCAUACAAUUUCACUAGCUCAUUUAGCAGUCGCCUGAGUGAUCCAGUGAGCACCUCUGGCACGUCCAGUCUGAGCUCAUAUUCCACUGGCGUCUACAAUCCCAUGAUGUCAUUCACAUUGCGCGAACCUAUGAUAAGCUUGCCUGGCACCUCGCCGGGUCAGUAUCAAUUCAAGAGUGGGUUCAGCUCGUCUCUGGCAAAGAGCGAGCCCGACAAGCCAUAGAUUCUAUGAUUCCCUAGGCAGUCAUUUCUGAACCACGAAACAUUCUCAGCACUUGCUCAAACUUUAACUACUUUAAGCUAACAAAUUACUCGUUGCAAUUAUAUAAACAAGGAAAAGGAAAA